AUGCCCACACUUGGUUUUGAACUACCUGUUGCAUGGUGUUGUGAUAAACUGCUGUGGGGCGCUCAGGUGGUGCAACUGAAUGUUAUUAGCUCGCUGAUAAGUCACUUGUACUAUCUGGAGCGCUAUCCUAGUGUUCGCGUACCAGGCGCCACCACCGCCGCCACUGCCGCCGCCACCACUGCCGGUGCACGCCACCAGACCCCUGUCGCAGCUGCACCACCCACGUCUCCUCCACCUGAGGCCACUGUCUCUCGCAUGCGGAGCCUCUCUGCAGAAGAGAGGGGCAGGAGGCUGAUGGAGGUGGCUAUGCGGGGGACAGUGGGGCAGCUGAGGGCACUGCUCGCCGCGGGUGCCGACUUGAGGGUGAGGGGUGGGGAUGGGAGGACUGCCCUGCACUGGGCAGCAGCCAGGGGAGACGUCGAGGUGGCGAGGUUGCUGGUGCAGGCGGGGGCGGCGGUGGACGCCAGGGACAGCAGUGGCUGGCAGUGGACGCCUCUGCAUUUGGCUGCAGUGCGGGGCGACGCCGCCGUGGCGCGGCUGCUGCUGCGGGCGUUAGCCGACCCCAGCGCCAGGGAUGGCGGUAGGUGGACGCCGCUGCACUGGGCGGCAGCCAAUGGCCACGCAGAAGUGGCGGCUGUGCUGCUCGACGCGGGGACCGACAGGUGGGCCACGACUGGUGGUGGAGAGACAGCGCUGGACAUCGCCAGGCAGAACAACCACAGGCGGCUGAUGGAGAUGCUGUCAUGA